UGUGUGUUGUCUUUGAAAGCAUGGACAUAGGCUUGGAAGAAAUAUGCAGGGCAGUCCUUGGGUCUGCAGGACCUAAUGGAACUGUGAUUCUGACUCCUGCCAUUGUUGCUGCAUCGGGGUUCACUUCAGCUGGAAUAGCAGGAGGCUCCAUCGCUGCCAAACUGAUGUCAUAUUUAGGUGCAGCAGGUCUGCCAUGGAUUGCCACUUUAUUGUUUGGCAAUGUUGGAAAAGCAGCAGGUUGGAUGUUCUCAUUUGCGUGUAAUGUGACUGUUAUAUAUGAAGAUUAACACAAACUGGCCUAUAAAUAUUUCCUCCUGUGACAAAUCUCAAUAUUCUGAAUGAAACUUUAUUCUUAUGUGUAAAUUUCCAACACUCAGAUAAAGCAUGAUUUGAGAACUGAAUCAUUGAUUAAAAUUGUUGCUGAUUUUUAUCCAUCAUUUUGAAAUAAAAUAUCAUUGUAGAGGAUGAAGAUCUUUUAUCAGAUCCAAAGACUGAUAUGAUGCUUCUGUUCUCUUCAUGAAUUUAAUUUGAAAAUGAAAAAACAUGCAAAAUAAAAGUAUUGUUGUUUUUAUUGUAAACACCAUCAUAUAAUGUACAGUAACAAUAUCAAAUCCAUAGUCCAUAAAUGUAUCACUCUUACAGACCAAGUAAUCUAUCUGUAUCUAAUGGGCUCAAACACCCGUUUCAGUCAGUGACGGGCAAUUUACACGUUUUUUGUAAUGUGUUUC